AUGUUUGGACGCUCAUUCGCAUGUUGCCUUUUGCCACUGUCGGCCAUCCUGGGUGAUGCAGCCGCAGCCCUCCAUCCUUUCAGGCAUGAAGCUAUCGAGGUUCGCCGCAGACAAGCUGAUACCAGCAACGAAGCCCUAUUUCAAUCCAGCACUGCAGGCACGGUGUUGACAUACAUCGCUCCUUCUCCGGGUGCUUCACCUAUCCCCGUCACACAGCAGAGCCAGCUGAUAUCUUCCAAUGUGCCCAUAUUCACGCUAUGUGCACUGCCACCAGAAGCUUUCUUUCCUGCCACGGCAACACCUACACAGACUACCGCUCCGUAUCGAAACUACUCUAUUUCCAUACCCCCUGGACCCGGCACUUGCACUACAAUCUACAGCCCAACGGUCACAAUGGUAUGCGCUACUACUUUGACCGGUAUCGAUCGCAUGUACCCUGUGACUGCCUGUGGCCAAGACAUUACCUUCUCAAGCGACUUUGGCUAUGUGCUGGAAACGCCCAGUCCGACCUUGAGCAAUGCAACGGACGCUAGCAAUACAGCUGCACUCAUCACUCCUGCCCCUACCGUGCAGCCAUUGACUACAUACUACGUCGCUCCUUGGACUGAGCUCACUAGUGCUGGCCCUCCUACGGAUGUGGACAAGAAGAUCUGUGCGACAUAUCCAAAUGGAACAGAGGAGUGUGUUGUUGAGUACUAUGUAUGGAAAACCAGUCUCGUCACCAUCCCAAUGUCUACUGUCACCUCGAUCAACCUGACCACAACUGUGGCUGGACCCUCGCAAAUCAUCGUCGAGACCUUCGUCGCCAACGUGACCGAGAUGCUUACCACAUUCUCCAUGUCCACCACUAUGAAAUUGACCUACUCUGUCGAAACGGAGACAACCAACAUAGCUACAAGGCCAACCGUUUCUACUGGACCUACCUAG